ACCUUCAUCCGUCUGGUAUGCCAAGCAGGCAAAUCUGCGGCGAUAGACUCUCAGCCCUUCUUCAGCUCUCCUGUCCUUCCCCGGCCUCGCCUUCGUCCCUUGCAAUCUUGAAGUAAAUGGUAUCAAACUCUAGACGUUCGGCGAUGUAUCGCAAGUCCUCGGGCUGGCGUCAGCGAUCCACAGCCAGCGGGAUCCGUCGUCGAAGCGAAAUUAGUUUGUGCAAGGUGUUGCAAGUCUCUUUCCGAGGAACGAAGUCCAGAGAGAUGGAUCCCAGUUCUAUGCUCGUCAUCCUUCCCGCAAGUGACAACCUCAAGGUCUGGUUCAAGGUCGCGGAGGUCAUCGCCCGCAUCAUGGAACCAGAGUGCGACGAGAUGGAGGUACACACCGUAUUGCGGAUCGAGCUCUCCGCGUUCCGCUCGGCGUUCAAAUUCCAAAAUGACAUCAGGGAGCGUAUCGAGCCCAAGGACGAGGAGGGGACGAGCGGAGGGAGCUGGGUUGCGUUGCCAACGAAAGGAGGGAGCGGGUUUCCUGCUGGUACGCAGGCAAGAACGGUGGUAGAGGAACGAAGGGCCCUUGGAACGCAGAAGGAGGGCACCCGAGGAUCAGCGAGCCCACGCAACGCAAAGAGCCGGCUUUGCGAUCACAGCUGUCAGUUUUCUCCCCUGUUUGCUUUCGCUGACGUCCACCCGGUCCGCGCCAAGCCAUCCGAGCAGGUACUCCGGGACUCGCUUUACGUCGACAGGCUGUCCGGUGAACGGGUGGAUGGGCUGGGUGGAGGCACCUCACGGGGUUGAAGGCCGGAGGUCGUAGGCCUUCGGUGUCUACGACGACGAUUUGGCUCACCUCUUGCAUUCUCCUCUGCCCACAAAAAUUAUCUUGCCCAUGUGACUAAUUAUAUUCACAUUUCCUCGCCAUUGUUCAUAUUCUUCCCUCGCCCUACUUUCAUCUCGACGUACGCUUCUACUCUUCCGCUUCGGCCCUCACUGUCUUCAUCGUCUACUCUGACGUCACCCAUGUUUACUUCCUCCUUACUACCCACGACAUUCGUCGACUUCCAUUUUGUCUUCAAUGUCAUUACCUUCUUCUCUUGCC